CUUCCCUGGCACAAGAAGGUCAUGGGUUUGAAUCCCACCUUGAGGAAGGUACUUACCCUAAACCAGUGAGUGAGUGAGUGAGUGAGUGAGUGAGUGAUGCCUUUUUGUUUGAAUGGGCAAAAACUGUAUGUAGUUUAACACUGGAAGUUACUUUGGAGAAAAGGUGUGGAUCAACAACUGAUUUGUCACUUGAGUGGCAGCUCAUCAACAAGGACAUUCUUUGCUGUCAUUAUUAGUGUCGAACCUCGUAAUAAAUGGGUGAUGGGUGUUUUCUGAAACCGAAAGCGCCUCCAGGUAUAAGUAGCACGAACCUCUCGCGCACUGGCAGGAGCUCUCGCACCAUGGCUCUGCUCAAGUGUCUUUGCUCCCUGGUUCUGCUGGCUGCUCUGGCUGAGGCAUGCGGUCAAGCCCCCCUGAACACUGGCAAGGUCUCGGGGCCGGUUGCCGCCCCGGGGAGCUGGCCCUGGGUGGUCAGUAUGUCAGAUACGGGAUACUUCGCGUGUCAAGGGUCCCUCAUCAACAACCAGUGGGUCCUGACUUCUGCCUACUGCUUCGUAUUUGGCAGCUCGAACCCCGGCGACUGGCUUUUUUAUCUGGGUCGACAGAAUCAGAGCGGUAACAACCCAAACGAGGUGUCCAGAACCCUCAGUAGGAUCAUCCUUCAUCCGGAUUUCCGUACCAAUUCAUAUGAGAACAUUAUAGCUCUGGUCCAGCUCUCCUCCCCGGUCAACUUCAACGACUACAUCCAGCCCGUCUGUCUGGCGCCCAACGGCAGCACCUUCUACAACAGCACCGACAUGUGGGUCACCGGGUGGGGGGCCAUCGAUUCCCAAGACGUCGUCGACCUGCUGCAGUUUCAGAUGUCUGCGGUGGGAAACGAAGUGUGUCUCUCCAUCUAUAAAAAUUUUAAUCUCAACAUGAACAACAAGUUCUGUACCACUCAGCUGCCAGGGAACAACACCUCAUGCAGGGGGUUACAAGGAGCUCCGCUGGUGGUCAAACAGGGUUCGGUCUGGGUCCAAACUGGGAUUAUGUUCGGUGGAUGCAACACCCAGGAACAGCCAGGAGUGUACACCGCGGUGUCCUCGUAUCGAGACUGGAUCAACUCCAACACACCCACACCACCCUUCCCCUCAACCACACUACCAGUUAGCUCAACCACAUCAUCCACACCCUCCCCCACCUCAGCCACCUCAACCACAUCAUCCCCCACCUCCGCCACCUCAACUGCAACAUCCUCCACCUCAUCCUCACCCUCCCCCACCUCAACCACACCCUCCCCCACCUCCACCACUCCAAUUGCAACAUCCUCCACCUCAACCACACCCUCCCCCACCUCCGCCACCUCAACUGCAACAUCCUCCACCUCAUCCACACCAUCCCCCACCUCCACCACUCCAAUUGCAACAUCCUCCACCUCAACCACACCCUCCCCCACCUCAGCCACCUCAACCACACCCUCCUCCACCUCCGCCACCUCAACCACACCCUCCCCCACCUCCGCCACCUCAACCACACCCUCCUCCACCUCAACCACCCCAGCUGCAACAUCCUUCAGGUCAUCCACACCCUCAGCCACCUCAUCCUCACCCUCCCCCACCUCAGCCACCUCAUCCACACCAUCCCCCACCUCAUCCACACCAUCCCCCACCUCAACUGCAACAUCCUCUACCUCAUCCUCACCUUCCCCCACCUCACCCACCACAACCACACCAUCCUCCACCGCACCGUCCUCCACCUCAGCCACCUCUUCCGCCCCACCCCAGCCUCCGCACCCCUCCUCAUCCGCACCACCCCCCACCCCGACUGCACCAUCCCCCACUUCAACCUCCUCAACUACACCAACCUCCUCAACUACACCACCCUCCACCUCAACUGCACCAUCCUCUUCCUCAACCACCUCAUCAACACCAUCCUCCACCACACCAUCCCCCACCUCAUCCACCUCUACUGCACCGUCCUCCACCCCUUCCUCCCCAUCCACACCGUCCUCCACCCCAACCGCACUAUCCACCACUCCAUCCCCCUCAACCGCACCGUCCACCACCCCAGUAACCUCUUCCACC